AUGUCUCUCGUCACACUCUCUCACGUAUCAUCACAUCUUCAAAAUGCCUCUAAAGCCCGACUUGGGCUCACUUCCGUUCCUUCCUCGAACAUGAUCCUCACUCUCAUGCUCGGUCUCCAAUCCUCUGGAUUUCUUUCUUCUGUCACCCGCGGUGGACUCACCCCUCCUCCUAUGGAUGAAUUAUCUACAUAUGUACCAGAACCUGUUACGCAGCGAAAUAUCUCAACAAGGAGGUUAUGGUUAGGAAUGAAGUACUGGAACAAUGAGCCGGUAUUGAGUGAAAUGUCGAUGAUCAGUAAACCUACAAAGAGAAUUUGGAUGGAUGUGGAAGGGCUCUCGAAGAUUGUGAGGGGCAAGGACGCGAACUUUGUGCGGGGUUUGAGAAGACCAGGAGAGUGUAUCUAUAUCAGCACAUCGAGUGGAAUCUUGGAAGCAAGAGAAUGUGUAGAAAGGAGGGUGGGCGGUAUGCUUUUAUGCAGAGUCGUAUAG